UGAUGAUUUUCUUUCUCACGUGCAUGCCAAUGACAAAACGCGAAUUUUUCAUGCAGGCAGGAGCAGAGGCGCUUUCUCUGGGAAAGGUUGCAGGCCCCUUAAUCAUGAUGAAUCUGCUCAUGUACUCCAGAACAAUCAUUUCCAUGCUCUUCAUGGGCCAUCUAGGCAAGUCUGAGCUUGCUGGAGGGUCACUGGCAAUCGGAUUCGGAAAUAUCACCGGUAUCUCAAUUAUCAAAGGCCUCUCCAUGGGAAUGGAUCCCAUUUGCGGCCAAGCUUUUGGAGCCAAGAGAUGGUCAGUUCUCUGCCAAACCUACCAUAAAGCACUCUGCCUUCUCUUGCUUGUCUGCAUACCCAUUACAAUCCUGUGGCUAAAUGUGGAACCCGUCUUCAGGGUCUUCGGACAGGAUCACGAAACCACAGAAGCGGCAAAAAUUUUCUUGGCGGCCUUUGUUCCUGAAUUGAUAGGUCAAGCUAUCCUCAAUCCAUUGAGGACCUUUCUACGAACCCAAGGCCUAACCACCCCUCUUACGAUGUCUGCUGUAUGCGCAGUCCUUCUGCACCCUCUGUUCAACUACUUGUUCACAAUAUAUUUUCAGUUAGGACUGAAAGGAAUCGCGUACGCUCUUGCCUGUAAUACACUUAAUCUGAAUCUCGGCUUGACAAUCUAUGUGCUCAUGUCAAAAUCUGCCGUAAAACCAUGGCAAGGUGCUUCAUUCUUCUCUAUGUUUCAAGGUUGGAGGCCACUGCUGGCUCUAUCUCUGCCUAGUGUAGUUUCAGUGUGUUUGGAAUGGUGGUAUUAUGAGUUACUGCUGUUGCUUUGUAGCUAUGUAAGCAACCCCGAGGACAGCAUUGCAGCAAUGGGCAUCCUUAUUCAAACUACAUCGCUGUUAUAUAAUUUUCCCUUCGCUCUAAUGUCAGGGGUUAGUGCACGUGUGGGUCAGGCUUUGGGAGCAGGCGAGCCAUCUAAUGCCCAGUUAACAGCAAUAAUUGGGCUUGCAAUGGCAGUUGCUUUUGGACUAUCAGCCUCUGUCUUCAUGACUCUCAUCAGAUCAGAAUGGGGGAAACUGUUUACAGAUGAGCCUCAAAUUCUUGAUCUGAUCUCUACCGUGCUUCCGAUUUUGGGGUUAUGUGAACUGGGCAACUCUCCACAAACAACUGCCUGUGGGGUCUUGACAGGGACUGCACGUCCAAAAGAUGGUCUCCGCAUAAACUUGUGUUCCUUCUAUCUUGUUGGAUUGCCAGUUGCAGUACUAGUAACUUUCACAUUUAAAGUUGGCUUCCCAGGUCUCUGGUUUGGACUUCUAGCAGCACAGUUCUCCUGUGUUUUAAUGAUGGUUUACACAGUGAGUCGAAUAGAUUGGAAUUACCAGGCUAAGAAGGCUGACGAGUUGACUCUAGCAGCAGGAGGCCAGAAUAAUUCAGAUUUAGAAACUGGCCUACUUCCCAAUGAUCACCAAUGAGUUUUCAUGAUAAGAGGGCAUUUUGAGAGCAGUUUUUGGGGCAGAAAACGACAUAAAACGGGGUACAAGAU